AUGCCAUCAAUAAUCUAUACUCGUGGUACAAGUUCUAUUUAUAGUUCUCCAAAUAUGGAUAGAAUAUGUGAUAGAAUAAUUCAACUUAAUGGGGAUACAUUACCGGGUACGUUUUUUAGUUUGUCAUCUGGGAAUUACGCACAAAAUUCUGACUGUUUAUUAACAAUCAAAGGAGCGACGAUCAAUCAACGAAUAAUUAUUGUAGUUGAUAAAAUGGAUAUUGAUUGUAGUGGUGAUAAAUUAUUGAUUUAUGAUGGAAAAAAAGAUCAACAAUUGUUAUUAAAUAAAAAUGAAGCAUCACAAUGUGGUACAAAAAAAUCAUAUUAUAGAACAAUACAAUCAAAUACGGCAGUUAUUGAAUUUAUUUCGAAUAGCGAUGAAAAAACUGGAUAUGGUUUUAUUAUUAAUGUAGCAAUUAAUUUUCCUGUUAAAACAUGUUCACAACUUGAUAAUCUUUAUCGAUGUAGAAAUUAUUAUUGUAUAUCAAAUAUAUUUAAUUGUGAUGAUCGAAAUUGGUGUGGAGAUGAUAGUCAACGAUAUUUAUGUCGUUAA